GUUUUUCCUGCAGUUGCUGUCAGAACUGUAUCGCCGGCUAUCACGGAGAACAAAGAAAAUGACACCCCCUUAUGGUUUGGGCACAUAGACGCUGUCUCUCCCUUGCCUUCAUGUGCAGCAAAACUAACAGAUAAUUCCAACUAGCUAGGUGACAUGGUAUCCAUAUAUUAAAUGAAUCCGUAGCAUUCCAGGGGCUUGAGAAGCCUUGGCUUUAGCUCUGAGAGAAUACGCCGUUUUUAUUCUCGUUGCGGGCACAAAGCCCUUGCAGCUCCGUUGCGCAUCAGAAAGCGCAUGUCAGAAGAGCAUCGCAAGAGCACGGCAACAUUUCGCGGACUGCCUGCGAACUCCCGCUUGAUGGGACUUAAAAGCUGUGGUGUACGAGUUUUAUUUCGUUUGAAAUAUUCCAAACAAGACAAUGUUGCGCGCCGCAGCAAACACGCUGGUGCUUGGGUUGCUUUUUUGGAUUCUUGCACAGUUUGGAAGUAAUCGUUCCAGCCAGAGCCAUCGAUGCCCCAAAGACGUGCAGUCCAAAGCAGUUUGUGUGUAAGGACCAGGUAACGUGUAUCUCCAAGGGCUGGCACUGCGAUGGAGAGAAAGACUGCCCAGACGGCUCGGACGAGGCGCCGGAUGUCUGUCCACACAGCCAUGUUUCGCGGUGCCCCCCCAGUGAGUACCAGUGUGGGGGGACAGAGCUGUGUAUCCACAUGAGUAAACUGUGUAACGGGGUCCCGGACUGUACUGACGGCUGGGAUGAGGGUCCACACUGCAGAGAAUUUGCCACAAACUGCACUCUGUCGGGUUGCCAGGACAACUGUUCUGUGACUCCGUUGGGCGCUGCAUGUUACUGUAAGAGUGGAUAUGAAAUAGGGCUGGACGGCAAGACAUGUAAAGAUUUUGAUGAGUGUAGUGUUUACGGCACCUGCAGCCAGUCAUGUACCAACACAGAGGGCUCCUACACCUGCAGCUGUGUGGAGGGCUACCUACCCCAGCCCGACAACCGCUCCUGCAAGGCCAAAAAUGACCCAGUAGAAAGGAACUCGGUGCUGCUGAUCGCCAACAGUCAGAACAUCCAGGCUACGUCUCUGAGCGGCACCACGAUCAGCCUGCUGUCCACCACCACCAAGCAGACCACCGCCAUGGACUUCCUCUACGCCCAGGAGCAGGUCUGCUGGAUCCACGUGGGCGACUCACCCGCCUCCACCCACCUCAAGUGUGCCAAGAUCCCCAACCUCAAGAGCUUCACAGACGAGAGGGUCAUCAACAUCUCCCUCAGCCUGCACCAUGUGGAGCAGAUGGCUAUUGACUGGCUGACAGGAAACUUCUACUUUGUGGAUGAUGUGGAUGACCGGAUAUUUGUGUGUGACAAGGACGGACAGACGUGUGUCACCCUGCUGGACCAGGAGCUGUACAACCCCAAGGGCAUCGCCCUGGACCCCACCAUGGGUAAAGUGUUCUUCACAGACUACGGUCAGAUCCCCAAGGUGGAGCGUUGUGACAUGGAUGGUCAGAACCGGACCAAGCUGGUGGACAGUAAGAUCGUGUUCCCCCACGGUAUCACCCUGGACCUGGUCAACAGGCUGGUCUACUGGGCCGAUGCCUACCUGGACUACAUAGAGGUGGUGGACUACGAAGGCAAAAACAGACACACCAUCAUACAGGGCCUGCUGAUUGAGCACCUGUACAGUCUGACAGUGUUUGAGAACUACCUGUAUGCCACUAACUCAGACAGCGCCAACAUGCAGCCUAAGACCAGUGUGAUCAGAGUGAACCGCUUCAACAGUUCUGACUACCAGGUGGUGACCCGCGUCGACAAGGGAGGGGCCCUGCACGUCUACCACCAGAGACGACAGCCGCCAGUGCGUAGCCAUGCAUGUGAACCAGACCAGUUUGGGAAGGCUGGAGGCUGCUCUGACUUCUGCCUACUGGGGAACAGCCAUAAGACCCGUACCUGCCGCUGUCGCUCUGGAUUCAGUCUGGGAGGUGACGGGAAGUCCUGCAAGAAGCCAGAGCAUGAGCUGUUCCUGGUGUAUGGUAAAGGUCGUCCAGGGGUCAUCCGAGGCAUGGACAUGAAUGCUAAGGUCCCAGAUGAGUACAUGAUCCCCAUAGAGAACCUGAUGAACCCCAGAGCCCUGGACUUCCACUCAGAGAGUGACUUCAUAUAUUUCGCUGACGCCACCAGCUACCUCAUCGGCCGCCAAAAGAUCGACGGCACAGAGAGAGACACCAUCCUGAAGGACGGAAUCCACACAGUGGAGGGUAUAGCAGUGGACUGGAUGGCUGAUAACCUGUACUGGACGGACGAUGGGCCCAAGAAGACCAUCAAUGUGGCCAGGCUGGAGAAGGCUUCCCAGACCCGCAAGACUCUCAUCGAGGGCAAGAUGACCCACCCCCGCGCCAUCGUAGUGGACCCCCUACAUGGGUGGAUGUACUGGACAGACUGGGAGGAGGACCCUAAGGAGAGUAAGAGAGGGAAGAUAGAGCGGGCCUGGAUGGACGGUUCUAACAGGAACGUGUUCCUGACCAGUAAGAUGGUCCUGUGGCCCAACGGUCUAAGUCUGGACAUCCCACAGGGAAUCCUGUACUGGGUGGACGCAUACUACGACCGCAUCGAGAUGGUCUACCUUAACAACACUGAACGCAAGACGGUAUAUGAGGGUCAGGAGUUGAACCACGCCUUCGGCCUGUGUCACUACAAACACUUCCUGUUCUGGAACGAGUACCGCAGUGGCAGCAUCUACAAAUUGGACCAGGUCACCAAGACAGUCUCCCUGCUCCGCAACGAACGACCACCCAUCUUCGAGAUCCGCAUGUAUGACGCCCAGCAGCAGCAAGGUUCUAAUGCGUGUCGUGUAAAUAACGGGGGCUGCAGCAGUCUGUGUCUGGCCAUCCCUGAUGGGAGGCAGUGUGCCUGUGCAGAGGACCAACAACUGGAUGACAGAGACAACACCAGCUGUAAAGUCAACCCCUCCUACAUCCCUCCUCCUCAGUGUCAGCCCGGGGAGUUUGCCUGUAAAAACAACCGCUGUAUCCAGGAGCGAUGGAAGUGUGACGGUGACAACGACUGUCUGGACAGCAGUGACGAGGCCCCUGAGCUCUGCCACCAGCACACCUGUCCAGCUGAUAAGUUUAAGUGUCAGAACAACCGCUGUAUCCCGCUGCGCUGGCUGUGUGAUGGAGACGACGACUGUGGCAAAGACGAGGAUGAGUCCAACACCACCUGCUCUGCUCGCACCUGCCCCCCCAACCAGUACUCGUGUGCCAGUGGUCGCUGUAUCCCAAUCUCCUGGACAUGUGACCUGGACGAUGACUGUGGGGACCGCUCAGACGAGCCUGCAUCAUGUGCCUACCCCACCUGUUUCCCUCUCACCCAGUUCACCUGCAAUAACGGACGUUGCAUCAACAUCAAUUGGCGCUGUGACAAUG